CAUUUCCAAGUUAAACUGUCAAAUUUUUAGAAAGGUUGUAUAGUUGCUUAUCUCAUUUUUAGUAUUUUUCUGGCUCCUAGGCCAGGUGUAUACAAUUCAUAACCUCCAAAAUGUGAAAUGUGAUGUUGGUUUAACUUCUAAUAUCUUUAUAUAUUUGUUUAGUAACUUAACUUUGGUAAAAGUUUUCCAGCCUUUUAAUAGGUUUAUCUCUAGAAAUGAUUUUUAAUUAAAAAGGCAGUUUGGUAGAGGCUUCCUUGAUCUUGAAGUGGAACAGAUUGUACAAUUAAAGUGACUAAUGAUCUUCAUUGCUGCAUAAGAUUGAUUAUUCUAGUUUUUCUCUGCAGGCUUCAAAACAUCCUUUUGUGACUGGAGAACCUUUUACAAGUCCUUAUAAACCUGCUCCAGAGACACCUCGUGUGCCCGUCUCUCAAAAUGUUAAGGUGGACCAUCAUCCAGCUGGUGGGCAUUGGUUUGCUGCUGGUCUCUCCCCUAAUAUUUCAGGCAGGAACCAAGUUAUGAUGCCAAAUACCCAGCGUCAUCAAGUCAUGUCGUAUGUGCAUGCAGGUAGUUAUGGUAGUCUGGGCAGCCACAGUAGCUACAAUGAUGGCAUGGGGCUAGGAAGCAGUUAUGGGAGCUAUGGUGAUAAUAAUGAUUUGCCUGCAUUUUAUUCACCAGUGGGUCCAUCAGGAAUGAAUAUCUAUGCACAAAGUGGCGUGUCAAUUCUUGGAAGUAGCCCUGAUGCGAGGCGGAUCAUGCAUUUACCGCAUGGGAAUGGGGUUGGUUUCAGCCCUGGAAAUUUUGUACCCAUGUCCCUCGGCUCUAGUCCUUCACAAUUUACUCCACCUAGCUCAUAUUGUCAGAUUUCUGCUGGUUCACCUGGACUUUAUGGUCCUACUUCCCCUGUAAGAGGUAAUUGUCAUGGAUCGCCUUUGAGAAAAGUGGCAGCAGGCAGUCAUUAUAACAGAAGAAAGAGCUGGGCAUAUUCUGGGAGUUUACAAUCUCAGGAUAAUACAUCAUCUUCUAGCUGCCAAGGACGCAUUUCAGACACUACCGUCUCUAGCCAUGCUGAGGGGAACUCUCAUGCCUUCACUAGCGUUCCAUCACAUUUACAGCCUAAUUCAAAUGCAGCGACCUGGAGGCUACAACAAGGAGGCAGUAGUAUAACCCCUGGUUACUCUUCUCACAGUAUUGUGAAUUCCUCGACACUUGGUGCCCACAUGCCACCUGCCAAAGGGCGUGGAAAUGACAGGUCUGAAGCGCUUCUGAAAUGA